CAAUGCAGUAAGUGUCCAACUUUGUACUGCAUUCUAAUUCUGCCGUGAGUGGCGAGAAAAUGGAGGACAAUCCCAUGAUUUUCACUGUGUGCUUUAUAUGAGAGGACAUCGAAAGACGAUCCCUGGGCAACAAAACACCAGACAUAAUCUACAACUUUACCGAAGUUUAAAUCAGUUCUUUGGAUUAAGGUACCACUAAAAUCACAUGGCAAAGAUGCAUACCAGAAUGGGAUGGAACAAGUACGCAGACGUAACCCCUCACAUGUCUUGGGAGGAGGGGGAGUGUGAGCCCUGAAAGGGGUGCUGGGAUGUGAGUAGGCCAGCAUCCAGCACGAGCCAGAGCCAAAGAGGCAGCAUCAACAAAGACGAGCGACAACAGGAAUCCUAAUCUUCCCUUGCAUCUUUCCCAUUGCAGCCUGUUAUCUAUUCAGGUCAGACUGAGCCUGGUGUGGAGAAUUUGUGUGUACAGGCCACUUUCACUCAUGAGGCCUAAGACCUUCCCUGCCGCCCCAUAUGUGGGCAACACGCGCCAGCGCCUGCAGGAGAUCAAGGAGGGACUGAAACAACCUGCAAAGCUGGUGAGCCAGGCGCUUCAUGGAGGGAGCGCUCGAGGGGAGGGGGGCAGAGGUGGGGACUCUAAGGGCAAAGACCAAGCUGGAAGGCAACAACAGCUCCGGCAGCCUCAGAAGUUCAACAACUACCAAAAUGCCCUGCGAGAGAUCCGCAAGUCUCUAUUGCCUUUUGCCAAUGAAUCAGGCCCGGGAUCCAGCUCGGGGCAUCCUGGUGAAGUCAAUAGACAGAUGCUACAGGAUCUCGUCAAUGCUGGUUGUGAUCAGGAAAUGGCAGUCCGUGCCCUAAAACAGACUGGCAGCCGUAACAUUGAGGCAGCAUUGGAAUAUAUUAGCAAAAUGGGUUACCUGGACCCUCACAAUGAACAGAUUGUACGUGUCAUCAAACAGACUUCCCCAGGAAAAACUGGCAUGCCAAAUUUAAUGGACCACAGAGCGGCAAUGGAGGGCACUGGGGAUGGUGCGAUGCCACCUUAUCACCAAAUGGGAGCACCACUGUAUGAGGGAGCUGGUUAUGGGGCUGAGGGUGAGAUGGCUCGUGCAUACAUGGGUGGACCACCUGUCAUGAACUACAUGCCACCGCCUGCCAACACUUCACAGGGUCCUACCAUGGGAAACCCAAUGGGUCGUCCUGCAAGUAUGGGUGCCUACUCCACAAACAUGGCUCCCCAAAAUAACCCUGGGAACCCUAUGUACACCCCUGGCCCAGCCCAGCAGAAAGGCUACCCUGGUGGGAUAGACCAGGCCAUGAUGGGCUACAGUGUGCCUGGACCACCCAUGCAAAUCCAGCCUCAGCCCUCGGGAGGUCCUGGCACUCAUUAUGACUACAGGCCUCAUAUGAUAGAAGCCUCCAGCUACGGGGUAAAACGAAGUGCUUCUUUCCAGAAUAAGAUGACCCCGCUAACAUCCGAAAAUUAUGUUAAUAUGCCAGGCAAAGGAGCAAUGGCCCAAAACGCUGGUGGCUACCCUCCUAACUUAUAUCUUCCACCACAUUCACACCCACGCCAAGCCAGUCCCACCUCACACCAGGUUCACAUGAUGCAGCGCUCCCCUGGAGCUAUGGGUGGUGAGUUUUCUGAUGUUCCUCAAGGCCUCCUCACUCCUUCCAGGGCCAGUCUAAACCUCGACCUCUAUGAGCAUCACUGGCCAGGAGCCCAAGGUCCUGAGGGGACUCCUCCAGCCAGGCAGCCACAGGGGCCCUUUAGAGGGGAGGUACGUGUCCCCAGUAGGACCAAUUCUUUCAACAACCACCAGAAGGUGACUGUGAGGCAGGCAUUGCCUCCUGCAGCUAGUGUUGCUGGCAAGCAGGAUGCAUCUUUGGGUCCGCCAAACACAAUAACUGCAGUGUCCUCUCCACCAAUCCAACCACCUGUUAAGAGUAUACGGGUCAUGAGGCCUGAGCCGAAGACAGCAGUGGGACCAUGCCAUCCAGGGUGGCUGAGUGCACACGCCCAGGAUGCACCAGAGUCUCAUGGAUACAUGCCAGAUGAGAAUUUUACUCUGGAGCCCAAUCAAGAACACCGCUGUCCACCUCCACCCUACCCCAAAACUAUACUGCUCCUGCCUGGAUCUGGACCUGGAACUGAGCCUGUAUCCCUGGAGACUGGAGCCAUGGGUGGAUUUCAAGAUGUCAAUGCUACAAGUAGAACAGUCCAGAGUGUCUCAGUAGGAAAGCAAGAGGAACUAGUCUCCAAAGACAAAGUGAAGACAGGCAAAGGCGAGAAGGCAGUGAAGGAUAAGAAGCAGAUUCAAACCUCACCUGUGCCUGUGCGAAAGAAUGCCCGUGAUGAAGAGAAGCGGGAGUCUCGCAUUAAGAGUUAUUCUCCCUUCGCCUUUAAGUUCUACAUGGAGCAGCAUGUGGAGAACGUGAUGAAGACCUAUCAGCAGAAACUCAAUCGCAGGAUGCAGCUGGAGCAAGAGAUGUCCAAGGCUGGCCUUUCAGAGGCAGAGCAGGAACAGAUGAGAAAGAUGCUUUACCAGAAGGAAUCCAAUUACAACCGACUACGACGUGCCAAGAUGGACAAAUCGAUGUUUGUCAAAAUCAAGACACUCGGCAUUGGGGCCUUUGGUGAGGUGUGUCUUACACGCAAAGUGGACACGGGGGCUCUGUAUGCCAUGAAGCCUCUACGAAAGAUGAAAGCAGAACGAGACAUCUUGGCAGAGGCUGACAAUGAGUGGGUAGUCAGGUUGUACUACUCAUUUCAGGACAGAGACAGCCUGUACUUCGUUAUGGAUUACAUUCCUGGAGGAGAUAUGAUGAGCUUGCUGAUCCGUAUGGGGGUUUUUCCAGAGCCCUUAGCCAGGUUCUACGUGGCAGAACUAACGCUGGCCAUCGAGAGUGUGCAUAAGAUGGGCUUCAUCCACAGAGAUAUCAAGCCGGACAACAUCCUAAUUGACCUGGACGGACACAUCAAGCUGACUGAUUUUGGUCUGUGUACUGGGUUCCGUUGGACUCACAACUCAAAGUAUUACCAAAAAGGGAACCAUAUCCGGCAAGAUAGUAUGGAGCCGAGUGACUUUUGGGAUGAUGUGUCUAACUGUCGUUGUGGUGAUCGGCUGAUGACUUUGGAACAGCGGGCAACUCGACAACACCAGCGUUGCCUGGCACACUCUCUGGUGGGCACUCCAAACUACAUUGCCCCUGAGGUGCUUUUGCGCAAAGGAUACACACAGCUGUGUGACUGGUGGAGUGUUGGAGUAAUCCUGUUUGAGAUGCUGGUUGGCCAGCCACCCUUCCUUGCUCCAACCCCAACGGAGACGCAACUUAAGGUGAUAAACUGGGAGAACACUCUGCAGGUGCCUCCACAAGUAAAACUGAGACCAGAGGCAGUUGACAUCAUUGGUCGACUCUGCUGCUCAGCUGAAGAGCGUCUGGGAGGAAACGGGGCUGGAGAGAUAAAGGCUCACCCAUUCUUUGCAGAGAUGGAUUUCUCCAGCAAUCUUCGUACACAACCUGCUCCAUACAGACCGAAGAUUGCCCACCCCAUGGAUACAUCCAACUUUGACCCUGUGGAAGAGGAGGGGGGUCCAGGGGCCUGGAGUGACAGUGGAGACAGCACCCGCACUUGGGACACCCUCUGUUCUCCUCACGGCAAACACCCUGAGCAUGCCUUCUACGAGUUCACCUUCCGAAGGUUUUUUGAUGAUAAUGGCUGUCCAUUCCGUUAUCCCAAGCCCCCCGAGGCAACGCAAGACCUGCCCAGCAGUAGUGGGGCUGGUGGCCUGAAGCCUGAGCUGGAGGAGGAAGAGGUUCAUGAGGAGGAAGAGCAAGGGGAAGGGUGUGAGCCGGUUUAUGUGUGAGAAUGUUGGAUCGGGUGUUCAUGCUGCUCUGCCUUUACCCAUAGAGGACCUCGCCAGUUAACACGCUGCAUCUCCUACACUUCCUUUUAACCCUACUUUUUCUUCAGGGUGUUUUUGUACAGGUUAAAUGCAUGGAAGAACAUCAGAAAUGGAGUGCAGAAAGUUCCAUGUGAAAUGUGUUUAUUCCUCCAAAAGCAUUAUGCCGUAUCCUUUGCCUGUUAAAAAAUGACUGAAGCUCUGACCUGGGACCAAGGAAAUACACGCAGCUUAGUUCAUGGGGACGUUGGUGUGACUGAUAAAGUUGGCUACUCUCCUAUGAGAGCACAAAAACAGAUGCGUGUAGCUGCAGCUCUGUGGUUUGUCAGUCAAACCACUCUACUCUUAUGGUUAGUGUGGUCUGCGCCGACUGUGCCCCAUUCCUUGAUUCCACUGGGGGAAAAUAUCCCAGUCUUACGUCAUAUUUUAACACUUCCUUCACCUCUCUCAGCCUGGUGAUGCUAACACAGCCAUUCCAAACACCAGAGGUCAUGGUGAAGGAUCAGAAGAGAGCUGGGCUUGGCAUGGUGGCUCUAGGUCAGGUUGCGAUUAGGAGAUAUGCCAAGAGCAGAGAGAAACAUCACAAUUCUCCUCCAUAGUGCAAUCCCACAAAAAUAUAAAUGCUUAUACAUGCAACAUGCUGUCAGUCACAACUGUGGAGGUUUGUGGUUUUAUAGUAAAAUUCAGAAACAUUUUCUGAAGUAUGGAAGCCAGAUUUGCAGAUGUCCUACCGUAUGUUCCCAGUCAUUUUCACUUCAUUUAUCUAAAACAAAAAAUAUGUUUUAGAAGAUUUUGUGGCACCACCAAGUGGUUCAAAGUGACACCGUAAAGUGUCAUGCGGAUUCUUUUAAAGAUUUAACUUCUACAUUAUGAACUGACAGUAUUAGGUCACUUCUUCAUGCAAAGUCUGUCCAAAAGAUCAUGCAGUAUUUUGCAGUUAAUACACUAAUCGCAGCCUUUUUGUAAAUAUUAUACAGUUAUACAUACUUCAUGACUUAGGUCAAACGGUGCUCUCAGAUGACACAAUAUUGAGACAAAAUAUUUUACGUACAGUCAGCACUUCAAGAACAUGGGAUCUUAAAACUCCCAUUAUUGUUAAAGGUUUUAUAUUAACUUCUUUUAAAUGUUAAACAACCCAUUACGUUAGAGAUAAAAAAAUAUGCAGAAAUAUGCAUGGUAAAAUUCGUUCAUUCAAAUGAAAUACCACAAAAAACAUUGCGAUAUUGACAUUUUUAUUUUGCGUUAAGUGUGUUAGUUUAGUUGCCGAAGUACUGUUUUAUUCAUUUGAUAACAAACACUUAUCUCACCUGGCUUGAUUUCUUUUGUUUUAAGGCUUACUAAACCUGUUCCCAAUAGUUGCUUUACAUUCAUCUGCUGCUUUAAAUGUAUCUAAGAUGUGCGCCACACAUUGUUUUUAGAGGUGUGCUGCAGACAUGCAGCUGGACAUCCAGAACAAAUCUGCAACAUAACAGUUUUCAACUUUACAAAGUUACAAGAGCUGGGUCUCCAGCUAUUUCCUUUUCUUGUUAUGCCGAAGACUUCAUAUGCUUUUCAUUGUAUAACUCUGUCUGCUUUAUCUUCUUCCUGUUUCCCAGAAUUCUUAAUUGCAUUUAGUUUCAUAAGAAGAUCUUAAAAAGUCAGACGGGUGGUUUUUGUUGUGUGUGUUCAUGCUCAUCCAGAUCCACUGGAAAUGAUCUUGUCUGUCGCCAUCAGUGAACUUUGAAACAGAAUCAUUAGAACAAGUGCAAAAAUGUUUUGUCAUCGAGGCUGCUGCUGCACCAUUUCAAAGUGACCACACAGUACAGUAUUAUAACAAGACAGUCUAUGACUGAAAUGUAAAGAAUACUCUGAGGCAGAAACCUUUAAGAAAUGGUGAAAAAGUGGCAAAAGAAAAGACAAAUGUAUCUGAUGGUAUGACUAUGUGCAAUACAGAAAAUACAUUAUAUAGUUUUCUAAAUACAACAAAUAGCCUUUAUAACUUUAAAACUGAAUUAUGCUAUCUUAAAGUAUAUAUUAUAUUGAUUUAUAUAUUUUCAGUAUAGUUUCAUGACCCAAUGCUGCUUAUUGUUAUUAAUAUUAGACUAUAAAGUAUCAUUAUCAUCAUACUUUCAUUUAUACUUUCUCUCUCUUUUUGUAUAAAGUGUGGUUUUGAUUGUCAGUGUGAUUGAUCUGGUGUAAGACAAACUGUGUGCCUUCUAAUGAAUGUGUGGGUGUGUGUACCAUGUGCUGAUCAGUAUUUCAGGUGAAGAUGGAAAAGGCCUUCGCUUCUUGCUCUCAGGCCGGUCCUGGGUGGAAGAGAGAGGGUGUUUUUGGUGGGAUAGCUUGAGAAAGACAAAAAAGAAGCAAGAAUGGAUGAUAGUCAUUAGGACUCUGAAGGACAUGUAUAUGGAUGUCUUAGCAGGAUGAAUAUGGAAACACGUUGUAUGCAUUUGAUCAGUGAUAAGGAUCGUUUUGAAUUUCUGCAUGAAGUCCAUUUAAUAUUGUCUUUCUGAGAUCUAAUCAUUUGUGGUGAUAAUGUGUCACUGCACAAAAUGUUCUCUGUAUUAGUUAUUAUCUCUCAAGCUGAUUGACAAUCAUGUGGUUACAUGCUUGCAGUCAAUAUUGUCAAAAAUCCUGUACGACCGCUGACUGAAAGAGCUUUAAAAAAAAACAGCCGAUGAUGAUCAAUUCAUAUUUGUUUUAUAUAUUGUAGCAGUACGAUCACUCCUAAAAGUUAAGUGAAACCUUAACAAACAUAUUGUAAUGUAAACGUAUAUACCAAGUCAAAUUGGUAUCAUGACUUUGGUCCACUCAAACAAGUUGAUUGAGCUCCAUGGAGUGUGAAAGCAAGUAUGGUAGAUGUUUUGCUACCCCAUAUUCGUCAGAAUGGACCACUCAGUGAAAAAGCAUGAGCUUUCUAGGAAUCUCUCAGAGAGUCAGGUUUAGGGUCUGAAUGUAAUGCGUGUGUUGUGCUUAGGAUGGAUUCUGUGUUUUACUUUUUUUUUUUUUU